GCGCAUUGUAACUUGUGAGUUUCAGACUCCAGCAGAAGGGUCGGGAAAGCAGGACAUAAGCAAGACGCAGCUCGUGCUGUUGCAACCGGCCACGGGGCGCAGCUCGGAGUUCGCCGGUUUUGAUACGCUUCUUGAUAGCAGUGUGGAUCCGGAUGAUCCUUUUCACUGUAACCAGCGCACUUGCUACGAGCGGUUGGGCCUGCCGCUCCUCAAGCAAGUGUUUCGUGGCUACUCAACCUCUCUUUUCGCUUACGGCCAAACGGGGAGUGGCAAGACGACCAGCGUGAUGGGGGGAAGCGUGCGGGAAACCGAGCAGUGGGGCAUUUAUGAAACUAAAGCAUUAGUAGAGACAAUAAAAACGUCAGCUCUUCGCUUCUCCUGCGUUAAUAACUAAUUAAUUUGAUGCUAAAUGGAAAGUCCAGUCGCUGAUCAUUUACUUUUAUCCCGCCAUACCCAUUUAAUAUGGCACACUCAUUUGAGAGUGAACAGACCGUUUUGGUAGCUACUGACAUACGGUUACGGGGCUACCAACUUUCAUUUGAUGGUGCUGGGUACGGGUCUAGUAUUAGUAUGAGAGAGUAGUACUAGUAUCCGCCACUAUCGCUAGAUAGGCACCGAGUCACCUUUUCUAAAGCCUUAUUCCGCGGUUACUGGAGGACCUCUUUAUUCGCCUGCGAGAGCUAGAAGAGCGCGAUCCGAGGGCUGCCCCCAGGGAUUCUCAUGGGAGUUUUCCUCCGGGGACGAGUGCAGUGGUGAAGUGCAGCGUGAUUGAAGUGUACAAUGAGCGGCUGCGGGACCUUUUGCAUCCUGCGGCCGCCGGGGGCGGAGCGCCUAAGAUUGACGUGCGAUGCCACCCUCAGCUGGGCAACUACGUCCCAG